AUGAACCCGAUGGCCGUCGCCGCCCCGACGCCAUCCCCAUUCGUCGCUUCGACCCGCCGCUUCGCCCCUCGCCUCCGCUCCCUCCUCCCCGCCGCUGCCAUGUCUUCCGCCGCGCCUGGUCUUACAGGUGGAAGUGAUGAUACAUAUGUAAGGCAUAUGCUUCUGAGAGCUAGAAGCAAGGGAUGGCGUGUUGUGGUGUUUAAUAGCCGUGGAUGUGCAGACAGUCCUGUUACUACACCCAAGUUCUAUUCUGCUUCAUUUACAGGGGAUCUCCGCCAAGUUAUUGGUGAUAUUUUAGGACGUUAUCCCCAGUCUAAUGUCUAUGCUGCCGGUUGGUCUCUUGGAGCGAAUAUUCUUGUGCGCUACCUUGGCGAGGAAACCGAUAAAUGCCCUCUAUCUGGUGCAGUCUCCUUGUGCAAUCCUUUUAAUUUGGUAAUUGCAGAUGAAGAUUUCCACAAAGGAUUUAACAACGUUUAUGAUAGAGCAUUGGCUAGGGCUUUGACAACUAUAUUUAAGAAGCAUGCUCUCCUUUUUGAAGGGCUGGAGGGUGAAUAUGAUAUACCCAAGGCCGCGAAUGCAAGAACUGUUAGAGAUUUUGAUGAGGGGCUAACCCGAGUUUCGUUUGGUUUCAAGUCAGUGGAUGAUUAUUACUCCAAUUCAAGCAGCUCGGAUUCUAUCAAGAAUGUUUGCAUACCCUUACUGUGCAUACAGGCUGAUAAUGACCCAAUUGCACCAUCCAGGGGAAUUCCUAGAGAUGAUAUCAAGGCAAAUAAGAACUGUCUACUUAUAGUAACACCACAGGGUGGUCAUCUUGGAUGGGUAGCAGGUGAUGAAGCUCCAUUCGGAUGUCCUUGGACAGACCCAAUAGUGAUGGAAUAUCUGGACUAUCUCGAAAAUGAGAACGACUCUAGUACAAAAAAUAACAUAUCCUAUGAGCAACAGGGUGUUUCAGAGGCAUCAGUACCCCAUCUAACUGUGCAUGGCCAAAGAUAG